CUACAGUAACUAUGAUGUAAUAUACACAAUAAUAUACCUCAUGACCUCAUGUGCUUUGUUUAUAAAUUAACCGCUAGCCAUUAUUGAGAAGAUAAACAAGUAAACGUAAUAAUUUAAAAAAAAAUUUGUAUACAGGAUACUGAGAAAAUGCCACGAGUAAAUAAUAGAUUGACAAGAGAACUUGCCAAACUUACGCAAAAUCCGCCAGAAGGUAUAGCUUGUUAUCAAAAAGAUGACAAGAUAAAUCAUUUGAUCGUAACUAUUUUGGGUCCAAGUGGUAGCCCGUAUGAAGGCGGAUUAUUUAAAUUAGAAGUAGAAGUUGAUGAUUCUUAUCCAUUUGAACCACCGAGAAUAAAAUUUCUAACGCCUGUUUACCAUCCAAAUAUCGAUAACGGUGGAAGAAUUUGUAUGGAUUUAUUAAAAAUGCCACCAAACGGUAGCUGGAAUCCAACAUUUACAUUAGAAAAUAUUUUUGUUGCUGUCCAAUCAUUACUGGGCCAUCCGAAUCCAGAUGAUCCGUUGAUGCCGGCUAUCGCAAAUGAAUAUCGAUUUUAUAAAAGUGAAUUCGAGAAGAAAGCUCGUGAGCAUGUACUCAAACACGCUAAUUCUUAAAUACUUUUUUAUAAAUAUAUAUUUUUCUAUUUGCUUACUGGGAGAUUGAAUAAUAUGUUAAGUAUUAAAUUAUAUUACAUCAUUAUUAUAAGUUUUUAUUAUAUGUAAUUUACAAUUAACAACAAAUUAAUUAUUAGAAUGUUUAAUUUAAACAAUGAGCAGAUUUUUAAAUAAAUAAAUUUAAUAGCAGUAAUUUCUAUCACAUUUUUAUUCACUUUUUAACAAAUAUUUUAUUUUACUUAAGAGGGGAAACGGGUCUGAGAUACAAAAAGAUCAUUUUUGUGAUUUUUUUUUUCAGAGUACCUUCGUUAUUGAAAGUCUUGAAAUUUGUGACAUUAUUAAGCAUCAAUCCAAGAAUAUUCUUCUAAAUUUUCAUAAAAAAAUAUUGAAAAAUAAGCCAGCGGUAGUGGGGAGAGACGAGUCACUUAAAAAAAAGUCUCCAUGAUUGCCCUGAUUAAAAAUACUCAUUGAAAAGUAUUGAAAAAAAUGGAAAUUGAAUACUUUUGAAUAAAUUCUAUUCCACAAGGUUUUAAUCUGGACAUAAAAUUAAUACUUUUCAAUUAUAUUAAAUCUAAAAAUAAUAUAAGAAUUUCUAAACUUCCAAAGAAUUGAAAAGAUUCGAAUCAAUUGAUAUUUUUAAUCUUUCUGAAUCCUCGUCAAUAACAAAAAAUGUUCGAAUUUUAGGGUCACGAGUAGUAUUGAAAAAAAUUCGAAUAAAUUGACAGUUUUCGAUGUUUCUAAAUCUUCCUCAAUACCAAAAUAGUUCCAUACUUCGGGGUAAGAGUUGGAUUGAAAAAGAUUCAAAUGAAUUGACAUUUUCAAUCUUUCUGAGUACUUCUCAAUAACAAAAUAAUUUCACAAUUUGAGUCACGUGUGGGAUUGAAAAAAAUUCAAAUGAAUUGACAGUUUUUAAUCUUUCUGAAUUUCCCUCAAUACUAAAAUAGUUCCAUAUUUCCAAUUAUGGCUUGAACUUAAAUAAUUAAAAUGAAUUGACAUUUUCCAAUCUUUCUGAAUCUGUUUUUAAAAUGAUGACAGAUUGAAUUCUUUUCAAGACUUUUGAAUUCCAUUAUAAGAAUUAGAAAGUAUUCAAACGAUCGAAAUUUAAAUUCCAUGCAAUAUUUUUCAAAAUCUCCGUAUGGAUUGAAAAGAAUUGAAAUAAUUUUCAAUACUUUUCAAUGAGCAUUUUUAAUCAGAGUGCCUCAUCUGAAAUCAAAAAACCAAAAAGAUUUCUUUAGUACAUAAGUUUAUCUUGGAUUUGAACGAAAGAAUAAACAAAAUAUUCAUUUUUGAUAAAGGUGCAAUAAAAGAACUCUGAUUUUUACCAAAAAUUGCUCCUUUUGUUUAAUUAAAAAAUAAGUAGUUAUUGAAAAAAGAAAUCCUUCGUUCAAAUCCAAGAUAAACUUAUGUACUAAAGAAACCUUCUGGUUUUUUGAUUUCAGAUGAAGCAGUCAUGAGUUAUCCUGCCUACGGCAUAGAGACUUUUUUUGAGGUGACUCGUCUCUCCCCACUACCACUGGCUUAUUUUUCAAUAUUUUUUUAUGAAAAUUUAGCAGAACAUUCUUGGAGUGAUGCUUAAUAAUGUCACAAACUUUAAGAAUUUUAAUAACGAAGGCACUCUAAAAAAAAAAUCACAAAAAUACCCUCUUUUUUUGUCUCAGACCCGUUUCCCACUUAAAAUCAAAACUGUUUAAUUUAAUUAUAAUACUUAAAUAUAAACAGUUUUAAUAUUUAAAUAAUUAAGCAAAACAAAGUAUUUUUUAAUUUUUUAAGUAAUAAAUUAUGUUUAUUUAAAUAAUUUUUCAUUUUCUCGACGCCUUAAGUGAUUAAGUAUUCGUUCUUUUGGAAUGUUGAUAGAUAUUACAAAAAUGAUAUUUAUUUAUAUAUAUAUAUAUAGGCACAGAGCAAAAGGCAGUGAAUAGUUAUUAUUAAUACAUAUGAUUAUGAAAAACAAAAAAUAGAAUAGAAGCUUUAUUUUACAUGAGUGUAAAUGUAACAGACAUACGACAAUUAUUUAAUUACAUAUAAAAAAAUUAAACAAUUAAAAUAAUAAAAUUUUUAAAAAUGCAUGCACUGAAUUUU